CGACUUCCGCCGGCGCGCGCAGCCCGGCUCCCAGCCGCUGCCCUUGGCCGUCUGGUGGUUGCUGGCACCUGUGCCGCAGUCAUGAGUUUCCUUCAGCUUGUGCGUGACUACUGGGUUCAUACACUUGUCCCUAUUGGAUUUGUCUUUGGAUGUUAUCUGGACAAAAAGAGUGAUGAAAAGCUAACUACCUUCCGGAACAAGAGUAUGUUAUUCAGAAGGGAAUUGAGGCCCAAUGAAGAAGUAACCUGGAAGUAAAGACUGGCUAAAUUUUAAAAUGUUCCAUUUUAAAAAUUAGGAAAAAUAAAAGUAAGUUUUAUUUAAUUAGAA